AUGAAUACCCCAGGAAAUUUAGAAAUUUUAAAUCACUAAUUGAAUAUCUAAAAUAACAAAUUAUCUCUCUAAAUUGAAGUCUUAUCAUAACAAGUCUAAAUACUUCUAAAUUAAAUUGAAUAAUUAUAAGAAAAGGCUAUGCUUUACUAAAAUUUAAAAGAUGAAAAUAUCACUCUUAAAAAAGACAUUAUGAAUUUAUAAGAGCAAAUUUAAGCAUAAGAAUCAGAAUCAUAUUUUGUUCAAGAAAAUAAAUUCAAUUAAUAACUUGAUGAAAUGUAAAAAAGACACAAAAAACAAAUAUAAGACUUAAAAAGUUUAUAUGAGGAUAAAAUUAUAUUGUUAUAGAAUGAAAAGUCCUCUAUCUAAGAUUAGGCUAUGUAAAUGGGAUUAUCAAAUUUAACUUCAAAAUCAUUGGAAUAGUAAGCUGCCAAAAUAAUACAAAUAAGUCAUAAAUUAGAGUAAUUAUUUUUUAUUUAAAUCAGAAAAACAUUGUCAGAUCUUCCAUCUUAAAGUCCAAGUCAUGGACAUAUAGGAUUAUCUAAAGAAAUGUAUGAUUAAAUGAUUGAAUAAUUAAAAAGUAAAUCAACAAAGAACAUAAUCUUAGACAAAUUACCAGAUUAAUAAAAUUUGUAAAAUCCUAUAUAAAUAAUGUAGCUCUUAAAGAUACAAGCAAGCAUCCAUAGCAAAUAUCAAAAAAGAUCCCAAUUUUAGUGUUAAAAGAAUUUUACAUUACAAUAAACCUUAAGAAUCACCUAUAACUUAAAAUUCUGGAAAUGCUCUCACAAUUAGCACAUUAACCAAGAGGUCUUGA